CCACGAGCGGCCCGUUCUUUCCGUCGCCGUCGGCGCUGACUGUGCUAAACCCGCCGGCCGUUGCUGGUUCGCGGCGGCUAUUUAACUGCGCAUGCGCCUGUGGUAGGAGAGCGUUUGAGCUGCUUAUUACGAGUAUCCUUGUUUCCUAUGCUUGUUGAAAUCUUAUCCAGAAUGCUUUUUUUUGUAAUAGUACUACUCUUUAAUGGAAUAAUUUCUUACUCCGAUGGUAAAUCUGUUACCAAGUCAGUGCCAAGAUUACUUCUGGUGUCUUUUGAUGGCUUCAGGGCUGAUUAUUUGAAGAAAUAUGAACUUCCACAUCUCCAAGAUUUUAUUAAGGCUGGUGUAUUAGUAGAGCAUGUUACCAAUGCUUUCAUCACAAAAACUUUUCCAAACCACUACAGUAUAGUCACAGGCUUGUAUGAAGAAAGCCAUGGUAUUGUAGCAAAUGAAAUGUUUGACAUUGAUACAAAGAAAAAUUUUUCACAGUUUAAUGAUACCGAUCCUUUCUGGUGGGAUGAAGCAAUUCCUAUUUGGGUAAGCAAUGAAUGGCAGGAGAACAAAACAAGUGCUUCUGCAAUGUGGCCUGGCACAGAUGUAAAAAUUCAUAAUACUCUUCCUCAUUUUUUUAUGAAAUACAAUUAUUCAGUAAGCUUCAGUGAACGUGUAGAAAAGAUUAUUGAAUGGCUGAAUAGUUCUGAUCCAUUAGUUACUUUUGCUACUCUUUAUUGGGAAGAACCAGAUGCAAGUGGACACAAAUAUGGACCAGAAGAUACCAAGAACAUGACUAAAGUAUUACAAGAAGUAGAUAAGCAUAUUGGCCUCCUUGUUGAGAAGCUUAAAGUUUCAAAUUUGUGGGAGGAAAUUAAUGUUAUCAUUACAAGUGAUCAUGGCAUGGCACAGUGCUCCCAGGAGAGAUUAAUCAAACUGGAUCAUUGCAUUGAUCCUAGCAACUAUGUGCUAAUAGACAGAAGCCCAGUUGCUGCCUUAUUGCCAAAUAAUGUGACACAUGUAUAUGAAUUAAUGAAAAACUGCAGCCCUAAUAUGAAGGUUUAUCUUAAAGAAGAAAUUCCAGAGCGAUAUCAUUACCAUCACAAUAAGCGCAUUCAGCCAAUAAUUUUGGUUGCAGAUGAAGGCUGGACAAUUGUACAGAAUGGAUCUCUUCCCAGAUUAGGAGACCAUGGCUAUGAUGACACUCUUCCAAGUAUGCAGCCAUUUUUGGCAGCUCACGGACCUGCCUUCCGUAAAAAUUAUAGACUGAAUUCAAUCCGUACUAUUGAUAUUUAUCCAAUGAUGUGCCAUAUUUUAGGGUUGAAAUCCCAGCCUAAUAAUGGGACUUUGAACAAUUCCAAGUGUUUAUUAGUUGACCAAUGGUGCAUAAAUGUUCCUGAAGCAAUUGGAAUAGUCAUUGGUGUCUUUAUGGUAUUAACUACGCUGAUGUGCCUUAUAAUAAUCACCAAGAACAGAACUCCUCCUCUACGUCCAUUUUCAAGACUACAGCUUCAGGAAGAUGAUGAUGAUCCCUUAAUAGGAUAAGACCCCUGUUCUGAUUACUGUUUUGAAAAGACAAUACAGAAAUUUAAGUUAUUUUGGCGAAUAAUACGAUGCACUUUAAUAAAGAUCCACCAAACUACAGAAGAAAACGAAAAAGAAAUCUUGACUAGAAUUUAUUUUCUAAUAUAAACCAAUAGAAAAUUAAUAGUAGUAGAACUUAUUUAUUUCUAAGUGAUAAGAAUAAGAUUAUUUGUGAGUGAAUCUGCUUGCAUAUAUUUCAUGGACAACUGCUUAGAGAUAUUGUGAUAUUUCCUGAAAUUGGACAGGAGCCUCAAUAACAAUGAUCACAGCUUUAAAAGGCAGGGUAAAUUAGGCAACAAAGGCCCUGCCCAUUCUGAUGUGCACAAUUCUUUGAUUGCCCAGACAUUCCUGCUGUUUUGAAGCCAGUGAGUUGUCAUUUCAGAUGCCCCUAAAACUGGUUGGAAAAAAUAUAAACAGUCAUGAAGUUCUUUAUAAAGAAGAUUAUAAUUGUGAAAAUAAUCCAGAUUUGUUUUCCAUUUUGAGGAAUAGUUGCUAUAAGAGUUUAAUUUAGAAGCUGUUAAUAGCUAGGACUCAACAUUCUAGAGCACUGUGCACUCCGUGUCAAUCUCUGCAAACCGAAUGUUUCCUUUAUUUCAAGCUGUUAGAAAACUCUAUAUGCAGGAAUAUCUUCAAGCUACACCAAGCAAAAAGAAAUAGCAUGCCAUAAUACUACUAUAACUAUCCCAAAGCAAAUAGAUUAUAUCUUCAAUAAUUUCUUCCCUAACUAUAAGUUGUGGACUGAUUCUAAACGUAGUUUAAUAUGUCUUGUCUUUCUCCAUUUAGACAGAUAGGGUGUUUUCAAUCUAUUUUGGUAGGUAUUCAGGUGUUUCAUGUGUUUGAAUUAAUAAUAUUGUAUUAUGCAUACAUAUAUUUUUAAUGAAUCUGCAAAAGAAAUUAUAUUUUAUAAGAAGAAAAGGGAUUUGGAAGGUAAAGGGGACAAUUAAGACUUUCAGUUGCUUGCAGUUUGUAUAUGAUUAAUAAGGUUCUGUACUGUAUAUUCAAUUAAUUGACAUUUAUGUUCAGAAAUGAUUCAGUUUUUUUAAAUUCCUAAUAAUUGCUUGAUUUAAAGUAGACCAUUUGUAAUAGGCAGAUAAUAUGCAAUACCAUUUCUGUUUGUCUGUUUCAUUCAGAAAGAAUUCAGGAAAAGUGAAUACUUAAUGCAUAGGAGGACACAUAAUUUUCUUUGGUAUUUCAAAUGUUCCAUAUUUAACUUCAGUUGCUUUGCUUGUCUUCUUUAUGAAAUGAUAAUGGAAUCCUUAUAAUCUGUAAUACCCCAUGGAGAUAUAACUGUACUUAUCUGAUAACAGCUAUUGUAAAAAAAAAAAAAAAUCCAGCACUACAAUAUUGAUUAGGAGAUGUGCUAUUUAAAUAAUUGUGUCACAGUCCUCCCCAAAACCAGAAGCAGCUUUUCAGUUUUUGCCUCCUUUAAGCAAUAGUGACACUGAGUGAGGAGCUUCUGACACCAAGAGAUAUCUCCUAUUUAGCAUUUGUACAUGAGAUUAAGGGAGCACAUUCAAACUCAGUUUCUUCUUAUUAAGGUGGCACUUUGGUAUUCUAAUUGUUGGAAUAAACCAGAAUCUUUAGAUUAAAAGUACAGUGAAAUUUAGUCUUUUAAGAAGUAAAACAUAGAAAACAAAUUCAAUCUUUUUUCAAAAAAUCAUUCUAUUACAUAAUGAGAAGUAAUGGUUGGUGUUAUCAGAAAGUAAAUGUGUUUUGGAAGUAAAUAGGAAGGUUUUUUUGUUUUUGCUUUGAAAAUUGAUAUCCUAAUAAGAAAGACUUUAUCUUUGUAUAAAGAUAUUUGUAGCUGUUCUACACAAAUGUAAUACCUCAGGGACUCUUUCAGAUUUUGAUUCCCAUAACAUAACAGAAAAUAAAGCAAUUAUACAAAACUUCAAAAAGUUAAAAAUCCUUUAAAUGAUUAGGCUAACCAGAUAAUGGACCUCAAGUACCAACAGUUCAUCAAGGAAAAGAUGAAUUAAUGGGAAAAAUCUGUUACAGUACAUUCUUUAUCCUUCAUCUCAAGAUCAUUGGCAACUGUUACCGAAAAUGUUACCAAUUUUGGGAAUAGCAACUUGUUAUCUCUGCAAUUAUCAGGAAUAAAUAUAUACUGGGAAAAUAAAUUACAGUAAUGAACUAUGUUACAAUUUUUUAAAAGACUAUGUAUUGGGAUGUCUUUGUAAUUGGGGAUUUUGGACAAUCUUUGUUGACUUUGAUUAAAGAGGCUGUUACACUUUCAAUUUUUCAGUAUUAAGGUUUAUGCUUUGUUACUUUUAGAUUAAGUACUUUUUCAUUCAUUCUAAAAUUCUUGCCAGUCAAAAUAAUAGGAACAUUCAGAACAGCCAUUAUUUUUUCUUGCCUUUUGUAUAAGCUAUUCUCUCUUACUUCCUAAAAACUAAAAAUUGCAUAAUAAAUGUUCCGGUUUAGCUUCAUGA